GUCAGGAGCUAGAGCAUCAAGAUAACCUUUGAGGGGGAUAUGGCGACCACACCCAUAAGGGUGGCAGCCACCAAGUCGGCGAGAGGGUCUACAUCGAAGAAGACUGACACGGAUUACGUAAUGGCGGAGAAGGACGGGCAGYGGGUCGAUGGAGAGGAGGUUAUCCUUUCGCCGCGAAAGCUGGGAGUGAAGAAGUUCUUAAUGAAGAGUUCGCUGGACGAGAUUGACACGGACGAACCACUGAGACGGGCCCUUCGGCAACCCAUGCAGUGCUCUCUUCUGGAGUACCUGGCGGCAUCGAAGCCGGCUCGUAAUGAGUUACAGAUGAUCACGCGAAAGACUCGCAUACCUCUAUCGGAGGAGGGUCAGGGGGUCCCUAAGGCGGAAGCUUCUACAGUAGCAGUAACGGUGGUGACUGCCAGAGCGGAUCGCAUGGCGACAGUCCUUCUCGAUGGAAUGGAAGGUGUGCCUCCAGAUAAGUUUUAUAUACUUGGUAGCGGGGCCGUGGAGACGAUUAUAAACGAUGGAGCGGUACUCGAUGCUGUGAUCGAUAACGGCAGUGAGGCUGUCAUCAUAGACGAGGACCUGGCAGUACAGGUUGGACUGGGCCUCGAUAGGUCAUGCCUAUUCGAGAUAGAGACGACUGAUGGGAGAAAGCAACAAAUCACUGGGGUUUGUCACAAGGCAGCCAUAGAGGUCCAAGGGGUACGAGUGACCCUGCCUGUCUUUGCRGUCAAGAACUGCAGCUCCGACCUGCUCUUGGGUCGAACGUGGCUGAGCCACGUGCAUGCGGUGACGAUAGAGCGACCUGAUGGGAGCCAAACAUUGUCCAUUAAGAAGCCAGACGGGACGCGGGUAAUGAUUGAAACAGCGGAGCCUCGGGACCCGAGGAACAGAGCAGCUCUCGUUGUAGGUGCAAUACCCAGUGAUCAGAUUAAAUCAUUACCUAUCUCCGGCCACGCGGAACUCGCUAUGGAAGAACUUAAAGACGAAUUUAAGGAGGGAGAACGCGUGUUGGGCGUGCGAUUCUUUGACGAUGAGACCGAGAGACCCUUCAUAGUAUCCACGGAUGUUGGACCAUGUUCAGUAGGUGGUUUGCUGUCUCAGAAGGACGUGGGAGGGAAAGAGAGACCGUUAAGGUUUGAGAGUAGAACACUUAAUACGGCUGAUUGUAACUACAGUCAAUUCAAGAAGGAGGUGUUAGCUUUUCUGCGGUGUCUGAACACGUUCAGACACUAUAUCUAUGGUCGUCGGUUCAUCCUGAGAGUGGAUCCCACUGCGGUUGCCUUUGUCCUCCAAAAGGACUUUAGCCUGACAAACCCGACCAUUGCACGAUGGUUAUUACGGAUUCGGCUAUAUGAUUACGCUGUAGAGAGGAUAUCUUACACCAAAAAUGCCGUAGCAGAUGGGCUUUCUCAGAUCCCUCUUGAGGCCGAGCGCCCGAUAGUAGCUGGGGCCCUGACUAUGGCGGUGCCAGGACGCACCGAGCGAUUUCUGGUUAACCUUUACGAGGGCAAAUACCGAAUGAUCGGGCUACAUUUGUCAGGAGAGGAGAGUCAAGAAUCAGAURWCCGGAGACAAGCGGCCCAGUACUGCCUUAGAGCUGGCCAUCUGUUUCGAAGGCCGGUCGGUUCGGGGAUGCCCUUACGAGUAGUCUGUGACCCUGAGGAGAGACAGACAAUAGUUGCGAAGCUUCACGACUGGGUAGUCGGAGGACACAGGGGAGUCAAAGGAACCUACGAAAAGGUACACAGGUUGUACUGGUGGGAAGGACAGUAUAAGGACGUCGAGAGGUACUGUAUGACCUGCGAGGAGUGCCAGAAGAGAGCUCUUGUGAAGUACAAAGAGCCUCUCCAUCCAUCCUAUCCCACCAGACCGGGAGAGAAGGUACACAUCGAUCUGGUGAAGAUGCCAAAGGGGGUAGGCAAUAUGAACUACGUCGUGAACAUACGAGACGAUUUCACUGGGUUCGUGGACGGUAGACUCAUCAGGAGUAAGACGGUAAAGGAAGUAAAGAACUUCGUCUUGGAGUACUUAUCUAGGUAUGGUUGUGUCAGCAAGAUAGUGAUGGACAGAGGGGCGAAAUUUCUAGCUGACGAGGUCCAGAGUGUGUUCAAGAGAGCCGGGGCGAGAAUUUCGAUAGCCACCGCCUAUCACCCACAGUCGAACUCCCCAGUAGAGAGGGGACACCAGACUCUGAUAGCGUCACAAUCCAAGUGGUGCAAGGGUAAAGACAGUGAUUGGCCACGAUAUUUUCGAUACGCAAUAUGGGCAGACAACGUCACGGUCCGGGCUAGUACCGGAUACCCACCGUACACUUUGUGGUUCGGGCGACAUUGUCCGCUCCACAUAGAGUUUCACGUCGACAGUUGGACAACCGUCGACUGGGCGGAGAAGAUGUCCAGAGAGGAACUCAUAGCUGCCCGAACAAGACAGAUAGCCUACGGUUUGGAAGAUAACCUCAUGACAGCGGCAUAUCGUAUGGCAGUGGAAAGGGACAAGGGUAAAGAAAGAUGGGAUAAGAACGUGCGAAUCAGGAAAGAGAGGGUGAGCGUAGGAGAUAUGGUCCUUCUCUACGACGCGGCACUAGAGAGGACCUGGACCGGAAAACUCGCAAAUAGAUGGAUGGGACCUUACAGAGUGGUUGAGGCACUCGACUGGGGUGCAUAUAUGAUAGCAGAAUUGGAUGGAUCUAAGUGGAAGGACCCAGUGGCGGGCGCUAGGUUAAAGYUGUUUAGACCCAGGCCUGCACCCACCUUAUCGCUGACGGGCCCCAAAGGAAAGGGGAAGGCUAAGAUGGAGGAUGGAGAUCCCUUGAGACGAUUCGAGGCAGGCGAAAGCUCCAAGAAGAGAAAAAGAAUAGAGAAAAGAAAGGUCAAAGGGUUAACUCUAUGAAGAAAGAAGAAAUGGUUAUUCGUGCUCAAGAGGGCCAAACGGAGAGUCCGCAUUAGACAAACUGAC